AUGGACCCAAAGCAGCCACCAAAGAACGCUAGAGGCAGGCCCACAGAUUCCCCAGAAGUGCGCUACUCGAAAACGCUGUCGUAUAUUCUGAGGCAUGGUGCCAUCAAGGAGGGACUGGAAAUGAGAAAUGAUGGCUUUAUCAGGGUGGAUGAUUUGCUAAGCAGGCCUAAAUUGCGCGGACUGGAUUUCGAGCUGUUGCAGCAACUAGUCUUGAACAACGACAAAAAGCGUUACCAGCUGGUGUCAGAGUCUGGUGUUUGGUUUAUAAGGGCCGUUCAGGGCCACUCCUUAGACACGACACAGUUGGAGUUAUCUCAGAUAUUGAGCACAGAUGAGGCACCUGUCGUGAUACACGGCACAAACGAUGAUGCUUGGAGUAGCAUAAAGGUCAGUGGCCUCAAGACAAUGGGGAGGCAGUACAUUCAUCUGGCUGCUGGUAUGCCCAAAGAGGCCGGAGUUGUGAGCGGAAUGCGUAAUUCUUCGACAGUCUUCAUAUACGUUGACGUUGGCAAAGUUCUUAGAGGUUUGUUGCUUGCUGCGAUGUACACUUAA